GCUCUCGCCGCCAUCGAGUGCGACGGGCCCGACAUGAUUGGGUUCUGCUCCGGAGACGUUGAGGUGUGUUUCUAUCAGUGCAAGCUGCCUGCGUGGGCGAGACGGUACUUCACCUUGCCUGCGAUUAAGUCUCAGUACUUGCCUGCUGCGAUGCGGGGGCAACUGGGUCUGGCUCAAGGCGCGUCGGAGCUCAAGUUCAGGUUCCGCGUCGUGCCCAUGGGCUGGAGCUGGGCUGUUCACUUGAUUCAGCAGGUGCAUCUGUACGUCAUGGAGAGAGCCCUGCAGAGUGGCCGCUGGGUACUUGACAAGCGGCCUGGCGUGGACCUUCGGCAGGAGGACGCAAAGGUGCUCUACAUCGAUAACAUCGCCGUUGCCUCGGUGGACCAGGGGCGCGCCGAGAGGGCCGUCCAGGUGAUGCGUGAGGCGUUGGCGGAGCUCGGGGUGGCCAGCACCAUCGAAGCGUCGGACGGCAGCAAGGCCGAGUUGCUGGGGUGCGAGCUGGACAGGAACACUGGCCACUGGCGCAUCAAGCCUAAGCGAUUCUGGCCGCUCAUGGGUGCUCUGGACUACCUGCUGGAGGUCGAGGGCAGGAAGGUGACGGGCCAUGAGAUUGAGCGCGUCCUGGGGCACAUCGUAGCCGCCUGCGUGCUGAGGCGGGCGGCGCUGGCCAUGCUGUCCGCUUGCUACACCUUUGCAGAGACCUCAGGCCUUAAACGCCAGCCGCUGUGGGCCAGUGCUCAGCGAGAACUGUUCUGGGUGCGCUCGCUGUUGCCGUGCGUCGUCAGUGAGAUGGGCAAGACCUGGGCCCAGACUGUCGCAGCUUAUGAUGCGUCACCUUGGGGCUACGGGGUCGUCGAGACUGAGUGGGGGCCCGGGGAGGUCGCCAGCCAUGGGCGGCUGUCGGAGCGCGCCAGGUUCCGUGGGCCGCUUGCUGCCGCUGGCGCGCCACGGGAUCGCACCUUGGAAGCGGAGGUGGCGCAGGCCCCAGAUGCUGCCUUGAUCCUGACAGGGCGGGUGUCGGAGUUCCCGGAGGUCAGCUCAAGAGCCUUGGCAGAGGCCACCUGGAGCGUGGUGGGCUGCGGCCGCUGGGGGCGGCGCGAGGCGAUUCACUGUCUCGCGGCCGCCUCUGUCUGUUGGGCCGCGAGGCGCAUAGCUAAGCGUGCUCGACGGCGCGGCCGGCGCCACCUCGUGCUGGGAGACAACAUGUCGGUCACGCUUGCACUCGCAAAAGGAAGAGCGGCUCAUCAUCGUCUCCUGCUUGCUUGCCGAGCCAUCUUUGCUGUCAGCGUCGCGGCCGACAUUCGCUUGCAUCGCCGAUGGUUGCCCUCGGAGUGGGACCCCAGCGAUCAGGCCUCUCGCCGUUAUCAGCCGCCAGGGCUCAAGUACGAGCGUGGGCGCGGUGUGCAUGGAGAGGCGGACGCUGACGGCUCGGGUGCCGCUUCCGCCGUCCACCUGGAGUUCCGGGUCAGGCCCAGCCAGCGGGGGCAGCAGACGGUCCCGCUCGGCGCGGCGCGCGACGCCAGGCCUGGGCCGACCGAGCGGCGCGUCGACGCAGAGGUGCUGCGGCAGGUUGUGCAGGAUCGGGGGCUUCUCUGCCCGCGGUUGCCCAGGCUGGCUGCCGAGAAGGUCAGGCUGAAGACUCGGGCGAUCUUCCUGGGCGUGCUGAGGGCCUUGCUCGCUUGGCUCCGCCUGGGCUGCCUCCCGGACUGGUCGCGCGAGGACUGGGAUUGCACGCUGGUGGAGUUCGUGGAGUGGCUCUUCGACAAGGGCGGGGCGGCUGCAACGGCGAAGCUGGUCGGGCCCGCUCUGCUGUGGGGAGACCCGCGUCUUGCCUUGGGCUCGCUGCGCGCCACCUUCCCCGUCCUGCAGCAGGCGCUGAAGGGCUGGGUUCAGCAGCGGCCCGAGUUGUCGCGCCCCCCGCUGCCCUGGGUGGUGGUGGCCGCUGCGGCCCGAGAGUUGCUCGACCUCAACAUGGGCAUGGCUGCGCUUGGGAUCAUGCUAAUGUUCGAGACUUACAUGCGCCCUUCCGAGUUGCUGGCGCUCUCGACCGACCAUGUGGUGCUGCCGCUUCCAGGCGAGUCGGGGGCCGCCCGCUGGCUGACCUUCGUCAUUCGGGCCCAGGAGGCGCUGGUACCAUCCAAGAUAAAUGCCUUCGACAUCAGCGUCCCGCUGGACUUGGAGAGACAGCGCUGGCUUGCCCGCUGCGUGGAGGUAGUGGCGCGCCGCCGCGGCUCGGGCAGCUCGCUCCUCGGCCUGGUGUGCGCGGACUUCGCCGCAGCCUUCAAGACGGUCUUGAAAGGAGUUGGUGCCUCGGUGCUGCAGGGCGCGCUCUACUCGCUCCGCCAUGGCGGCGCCAGCCACGACCGGAGCAUGGGCGCCGGGUCAUUGGCCGCCGUGCAGCAACGCGGCGGCUGGCGCGCGUUUCGGAGCGUCACGCGGUGCGAGAAGCACGGUCGCCUGGGGCUCGAGCUGCAGAAGGUGGAGCCGACACGCCUUGCGGCAAUGCGGCGCAGGUCGGCUGGUAUCGAGCUCGCCUUCGAGAG